CACAGUUAGAAUCCGCCUGUCGUAGUGCUUGGGCGAUCGUCGGCGAUCGUUCCAUUACUCAACUCAAUCAUGACGCGAUCUUCGGUUUCGGUUUCCGUUUCUAUUCUAUUUGCCAUCAUCUGCCUCGAAUGGAUCGGGAUACGCACGUGCGACGCUCAGUUUGCCUUCACCUCGGCGGGCAGUGCCGUGGCCUCUGCCGGAGGACUCACCGUGGUUGCGCAGCUGCCCGGUUUUGGAGCACUCAACGGCGUCCUCAAUGGCUUCAACCACAACAACAACUUUUACGCUCAACAACAACAGCAGCAGGGCGGCGGUGGCUGGCCAGGCAUGGGCAUGGGCCAUGGACAUGGACAUGGACACGGCAUGGGCGGACGCAGACCUCCUCCGGCGCCCAAUGCUGGGCGACAGCCAGCUCCACCAGGCUGGCCUCCAGGCUGGGAGUGGGGUGGCAACGGCAACUAUAAUCAGCCAGGAUUCAAUAAUGGAAGAGGACCACCGCAAAGACCAGGAUGGGGAGGAGGACCAGGAGGCAUGGGACCACCACAAAGACCAGGCUGGGGUGGCGGACCAGGAGGAGGCAUGGGACCACCCAGACCCAACUGGGCAGGCGGCGGAAUGGGACCACCAAGACCAGGAUGGGGUGGCGGUGGAAUGAAUAAUGCAUGGGGAGAUGGAGAAGGACCACCACCAGGUUCUGGCUGGGAGAACAACGGAAAUGGAAACGGCAACGGCAACAAUCAACCUAAUCCCACCGAUCAAUAUACAAAUUGGGAGAAUCCCAGUGGCGAAGGAUCUAGCACACCGCCGCCAGUCAUCGUCACUCCUCCAACGACACCCAAACCUGUCUCAGUGGGGCCCACAUUCCAGCCUCGACCACCGCCAGCGACCACCAAGAGCACUCUCAUCGUAGGCACCAAUCGUCCGCCGCUGCUGCCGCCUCAGCCCACGGCCAGGCCAUCGCCGAAGCCAUCGCUGCAUUCCAUCGAGGACUCCCAGCUGCGGGACAUCAUCUUUCCCAGCUCUGCGCGAUACAUCCAUCGACCGCCCAGCCAGGAGUUGCGCGCGGACAGCAUCGAUGAGCGGAGAUGAAUUACGAUUCGGGGCAGAUUCUUUCGUAGAAAAUUUUGCAAUUGUUGAAUAUUUAUAGGCAGGGCCUUCCCAGCGGGGCUCAAGAUCGUCUUUGUGCCAACGGAACGGAUCGUUUCGGAUCGGUGAUCUGUAAACAGGUUCGGGAGCUCCCGAGAACAAAGACUCUUGACGAAGAUUCACGAAUUAUAAUUUAAUAAAUUACACAAACAGAUGGAAA